AGCAGCGAGGGCUGCAGCGAGCGCUGUGGUGGGUGGGCGAGGGAGCGCGGGGCUCCUCCCCCUCUCCCCAGCAGCACUAACGUGCGCACACGGGUGGGGGUGUGCGAGCGGCGAGUCUCCCUCCCCGCUCCUCUCCACGGGCGCAGCCAGAGCCGCGCGUUGCAGGACUCCACUGCAGCCGCCCGCGCCUGGCCAGGAGGGCUGCGCGCUGCCACGCGGGGCAAACGCGCCCCGCACACGGCUACUGCGGGAAGCCUGGCCACAAACAGGGGAUUAGCUGCAGCUGCCUCCCUCUCCUCCCCGACUCUCCCGCCAGCGCUGGACGGCCGGAGCGCGGACACCUCAAGACAAAGUUCCUAGGAAAUCGCAAGAGUCAUAUUGUUCAGGAUUUCAAAGAGCUGUCAUUUAUCUUUGUGGAUACAAGUAACGGACAAUGGUGCCCCAACCGUCAGUUCAAGCUGCUUGAAAAAAGGCUUCUGUACAAACGGCAUGAAAGAACAGUCAAGCAUCACAUAUCGCAACUGACAUCUGUAUUAAAGACUGUGCAAAAUUCUCCUCCCACUUUAAGCCUUGAAACAAACCAAAAUGGAAAACUGAUUAAAAGAGGCCUUUCUCUGAGAUCUGUCUGUAACGUAACUAUACAUAUUAGAUGACUUUGGGAUACUCUUUACAUCAACAAUGAAAGGAUUAUCCAGCAACCGCAGUCAUCAUCAUGGGAUUACCUGUGACCCUCCAUGUGACAGUCUGCCACAUCACCCAGACAGGCAGCCAUAUUUGUUAAAUCCAGUGGACCCUCACCCUGCAGAUCACCCUUAUUAUACUCAGAGAAACUCUUUUCAGGCAGAAUGCAUGGUACCUUAUAAUGAUCAAAUUGCCAGCAGCACAUUUCCUCGGCGACAUUACAGUUCCCACCAUGAACUUAAAGAUGAGUGUGCUCUUGUUCCCCAUGGAACAGCUAACAAAACUAAUCGCAUUCCUGCCAAUCUUUUGGACCAGUUUGAAAGGCAGUUGCCUCUUAAUCGUGAUGGCUACCAUACCUUACAAUACAAACGGACUGCCGUGGAACAUCGCAGUGACAGUCCAGGGAGGAUCCGCCACUUAGUUCACUCUGUUCAAAAGCUCUUCACAAAGUCUCAUUCUCUUGAGGGACCAUCAAAGGGAAGUGUCAAUGGUGGCAAAGCAAGCCCAGAGGAGACACAGACUAUGAGGUAUGGGAAGCGUAGCAAGAGUAAAGAAAGGAGGUCAGAAGGCAAGUCCAGAUCCAAUGCACCAGGAUGGUGGAGUUCAGAUGACAACUUGGACAAUGAUGUUUGCAUUUAUCAUGGUCCCAGUGGAGUUAUGACUAUGGGAAGGUGCCCCGAUCGUUCCACUUCUCAGUACUUUAUGGAAGCCUAUAAUACUGUAAGUCAACAUACUGUGAAGUCAUCCAAAAGCAAUAAUGAUGUCAAAUGCUCUACUUGUGCAAACCUGCCCGUGAAUUUGGAUGCCCAGUUAAUGAAGAAAAGCUCUUGGUCCUCUACAUUGACAGUGAGCAGAGCCCGUGAGGUUUACCAGAAAGCUUCAGUUAAUAUGGAUCAGACCCUAGUGAAGUCAGAGACAUGUCAACAGGAGCGGUCUUGUCAAUACCUUCAGGUUCCCCAAGAUGAAUGGAGCGGGUACGCUCCGCGAGGCAAAGAUGACGAGAUUCCAUGCCGGCGGAUGCGCAGCGGCAGUUAUAUUAAAGCCAUGGGGGACGAUGAUAGCGGGGACUCAGACACCAGCCCGAAGCCAUCGCCAAAGAUUGCAGCACGAAGGGAGAGCUAUCUCAAGGCCACCCAGCCCUCACUUACGGAACUCACCACCCUCAAGAUAUCCAGCGAACACUCUCCAAAACUUCAAAUCCGGAGCCACAGUUACUUGAGGGCAGUGAGUGAAGUCUCAAUCAAUAGGAGUUUGGACAGUCUGGACCCUGCAAGUCUGUUAACUUCUCCUAAAUUCCGUUCCCGGAAUGAGAGCUACAUGAGAGCCAUGAGCACCAUUAGUCAGGUGAGUGAGAUGGAAGUAAACGGUCAGUUUGAAUCAGUCUGCGAGUCAGUGUUCAGCGAACUAGAGUCUCAGGCCGUAGAGGCCCUGGAUCUGCCAAUGCCAGGCUGCUUCCGCAUGAGGAGCCACAGCUAUGUGAGAGCAAUUGAGAAGGGCUGUUCCCAAGAUGAUGAAUGCGUGUCGCUGAGGUCCUCAUCUCCCCCCCGCACGGCCACCACAGUGAGGACCAUCCAGAGCAGUACUGUGUCAUCCUGCAUUACCACGUAUAAGAAGACACCACCUCCUGUUCCACCAAGAACCACCACAAAACCUUUUAUUUCUAUCACGGCCCAGAGCAGCACAGAGUCUGCCCAAGAUGCAUACAUGGAUGGGCAGGGACAAAGGGGCGAUAUCAUCAGUCAGUCUGGACUUAGUAACUCUACAGAAAGCUUGGACAGUAUGAAGGCCCUAACUGCUGCUAUUGAGGCUGCUAAUGCACAGAUCCAUGGCCCUGCAAGUCAGCAUGUAGGCAACAAUAAUGCAACUGUCACCACAACCACCACCAUUGCCACCGUUGGUGGGGAAGACAGAAAGAAGGAUCACUUCAAGAAAAACAGAUGUUUAUCCAUUGGAAUACAGGUUGAUGACGCUGAAGAAUCCAUCAAACCAGGUGAAAAUAAAGCAACCAGUAAGUUCCAAUCCAUAGGAGUUCAAGUAGAGGAGGAGAAGUGCUUCCGCAGGUUUACUCGAUCUAAUAGUGUAACAGCAGCUGUGCAAGCAGACCUGGACUUCCAUGAGAAUUUUGAAAUAUCAUUGGACCCUCAGGAGGACAAUACAUGCACUGGGCAAAUAUCAAGACAAUAUUCCCGAGAUGCAAGCACCUCCACUGUUAGCAUACAGGGGUCAGGAAACCAUUAUCAUGCAUGUGCAGUAGAUGACGACUUUGAUACAGAUUUUGAUCCUUCAAUUUUACCCCCUCCGGAUCCCUGGAUUGAUUCUAUAACUGAAGAUCCUCUGGAGGCUGUUCAAAGGUCAGUUUGUCACAGAGACGGGCACUGGUUUCUGAAGCUUCUUCAGGCAGAAAGAGAUCGUAUGGAGGGCUGGUGCCAACAGAUGGAGAGAGAAGAACAGGAAAACAACUUACCUGAGGACAUUCUAGGGAAAAUUCGAACUGCAGUGGGCAGUGCACAGCUUCUCAUGGCCCAGAAAUUUUACCAGUUCAGAGAACUGUGUGAAGAAAACCUGAAUCCUAAUGCACAUCCAAGGCCGACCUCCCAGGAUUUAGCAGGGUUUUGGGAUAUGCUCCAGUUGUCCAUAGAAAAUAUUAGUAUGAAAUUUGAUGAACUUCAUCAGUUAAAGGCCAAUAAUUGGAAACAGAUGGAUCCUCAUGACAAGAAGGAGAGAAGGGUCCCUCCUCCAGUGCCAAAGAAGCCAGCGAAAGGUCAGGUGCCACUCAUACGGGAACGUUCUCUGGAAAGCUCACAGCGUCAAGAGGCCCGGAAACGGCUGAUGGCUGCCAAACGAGCCGCAUCUGUCCGCCAGAAUUCAGCCACUGAGAGCGCUGAAAGCAUUGAGAUUUACAUCCCUGAAGCCCAGACGAGGCUAUGAAGGGAUCCCACCAGGAGGACUCUCACUGGCAAGACAAGUCUCUUGUAUAAUCUGCUCCUCUAGGUCCCUAUUCAGAGCCACCAUUAAGUAUUUGUAUUCCCCUCUUUCUUUCUUUCUCUCUCUCUCUCUCUCCCUCUCUCUACAUAAUCCCAAUGAUCCCAAUGAAUUCCACUUUUGUGGUGUAGUUGUCGAUCCUCCAAGAGAUGUCCUCUAAUAACCGUUGCUUUCUAAAGGUUUGCCCAUGUCAUUAUGCUUUGUCACAUGUAUUGAUGCUGCCACCUUGCCUCAUGUAAGAGAGUACAAUCCUUCUUUCUGUUUAAGAAAUAAAUACAGAACUCACAGACACACACACACACCUGUAUAGUAAAUACACCAUUUAACGCAUUCAUGAUCUUUAGUUUAUCUAAAGUUAGUCUGUUACCUGGUGUACAGCAAUAUAAAACUAUAGAGUAUUUUGGAAAUUCAGUAAUGCAGGGUGACCCUUUGGGACUCUGCUGUCUUCCUCAUUAAAGAUUAAAGGAGCUAUGGCUCGGAUUCCCUUCUUUUUAUUAUUAUUAUUUUUUAAGCAGAUGGCGCACUUUAUUCUAAACCUCAGAAUCAUAUCUUACCUGAAUUUAAGACGUCACAAAGGGCGAGGUAGGGGGAGAGAUAGCUGUGGUGUGGUGAAAGGAGGGAGAAGUAAAUCCUGCAGGUGAGAUUGUGAGGGACAGAAAAGAUCCUGUGAAAAGAUACCUGCACACUCUCACAGCUGCACAAACUGCCUCAUUUGUAUUUCAUCAAUCACUACUUAAACAUUUUGAUCAGCAGAAGAUUGUAAAUUCGAUCUUCCAGGGAAAUCAUCUAUUUUGAAAGGCAAUAAAAAGGCAAAAGGAAAGGAGAUAAGAAGAAAUGAUGGUUGAAGAUAAUAUAAAAAGGGACUUUUUUGUCAAAGUAUUAAGAAUUUUUAAAACUGUACUGUAUUGUCAAUUCCUAUCGUAUUGUAUUGUACUCUAUUGGUUUUAAAAAAAGAGAAGAAAAAAAAGAAAAAAAAACAGCUUGGUUUUGUUGAUGUCUUAAUCUUGGUGAAACUAUCAGAUUUCACACCCAUCCACCCCUGUUACUGAAAUACUGUAAAUGGAAUCCAUGCUGUUUUUCAAAGCAAGACUUUGUUUUGUUUUAUACACAGCUGGUUGUAAGCUUCAGGUCAGACUGCUUCCAUCAGAUGGUUCAUAGCUGGGAGUAAGUUUCUCCUUUAGUCUCUUUUUUAACAAUAUAAAAUACCCCAUUUUUCAAAAAUUAGGAUUUUUCAGAUGCAGUGGGACCAUAAUGAGCCUAUAUUUGUUCUCUACAUUAGCUUCUGAAAUCAUGAACAAUAUGCAUUCCCUAGUCUUCAGCAAUUUAUUUGAUACUUAGGGUAAAAUCUUGCCCUUGCUGCUUGGAGUUGCACUGAUGGAGGAAGGUGUUGGCUGUGCAUUAGUGACACUAGCCAUUGUGCCAGCACAGGAUAGGAUGUCUUGGGUAUGUCGCUGAAAAUGAGCAACUGGCACAUGCUGCAGAAGGCAACGUUAGUGCUAGUUGGCCGGGCCCACUUGGCUAUGCCCCAUAGUCAGCAGACCAUGCCCUUUUGGGACUGUUGUGUGUCUUCUGGCAUAGUAGCCAUUCCCCAUUGUUAGUGCUCUCUUGAGCUCUAGGUUAGAAUCCUGCCCUGCUCAGGGUGGUUCUUAUGAUCUCUUCUCCCACUUGGACAUCCAUAUAGCACAGGGCAGGGUGUGACCCUUACAAGAAAGGAAGAUCUUUUCUCUCUAACCUGGAAAUGGUAUAGCGACAGAGUCCACUGAGUGGUGGCUAAUGUGCACUUUGCAUCCAACCAAAGUUGGCUGUAAAUGCCCUUAUUCUUUAAACAGUGUGAACAUUCCACCUGUGAAAAUUCCAGUGCAUGGUAGCCUUAACUGUGUAGCUCCCAUCUUAAAACAUUUGAAAUUCCCACCAGAUAGUUAAGCACUUUCUAAAAAUAUACAUCUAAGAUCAUGCCAGACAGCUUCUUUUAAUGUAACAUAGCCAGGUGCUAAUUUAAUUUCAUUCAAGAAAUUAGGAGAGGUAAUAGGUUCUGGCACCAAAUAGUUUCAUGAAAACAUUGUAAAGCCACUAGAGAAUUUGCUACCUCUCAAAGCCAUUGAUAUCUGAGCUAUGUCUUUAUAAACAGGGCACAAAUAUUUACUGCUGUGGUUUACAAGAUAAGGGCUAAUAAUUUAAUAUUUAAAAGACUUUUAACUACAGUGAUCAGAAAUCCAGUGUAACCCCACUGAGUGCUUCAUGUUAAGGGAGCUUUGAAAGGUUGGCCCUAUAAGCAUUUGAAUACCAGUGUAUUUGCUAGUUUUGAAAAGAACCCACUUCAUUUAACUUUUAGCAGCAAUGAAAGAUCACAAUGUUUGCAGUAUAUAUAGUGCCAACUGCCACUUUUCGUCAUAUAGUCAUGUUAAGUAUUAAAAAUUAUUUGGAACUCAUUUGUACUAAGAUGUACAAAGCAGCAUUCAGGUGAGGAUGCACGCUCAUAACUACAUUUCAGUUGAUUUGAAGUUUUCUGAAAGAAGAGUUAAGACUUAUAUUGAGAAGUGGCUACAGAAAUUUAUAUAAAGGUUAUGCCAUAGUGAGUUCCAAAAAAUAGAAGAAAACAGAAGACUUUUUAGUCUUGUACAUUAUGAAUUGUAUUUGUAUAUCAUAUGAUAUUUUUGGUAUGUAUUUUAAAUUGAUUCUUAGUUGAAUGCCUGUUGGUUCCUAAUGACUGUGGACAGGCCAUUAUAACAUUUGCCUAGCUUUAUAGCAAAAUUUGAAGUGUACACCCAAUUUAGGAAUUGGUAAAUAUGGGACAGAAACUACUUCUGCCCCCUAGAAUGCCACUAGUUAGCCACUUGACUUAUUACAUAUCACCACAGACAGUUGUUACAUCAUUUAUUUUAGUGUAAGUUGUAAUUAUUUAUUUUUAUUCUUAUCUGUUCAAAUAUAAACUAAAAGUUACUAUAUUGCGUUUAACUUGGUAUAAAAUUGUUGUUGUUUUUUUUCCUUGGGGGAAAAUUUAAAAGAAAAAAAGGUUGUUUUUGUCUCCUACAUUGAGUUUAAAAAAAAGUAUUUAUUAUAUUUUUUGCAGAUGUUUCCAUAAAAUUCUCAUAAUCUUUUUGUAAAGAAUGAUGAAGAAAUGGAUUAAAGAUUUUUAAUAUUUGAAAAGGUAAAUAGAAAUAACUUAUUUGUAAUAUAUUUCAGUUUAUUUAUUGGUGUUCCCUUAAUGUUCUGAUGUGCACUAUCACUUUAAUUUGAAUUUUAUCUUUGUGAAUUUAUUGUUUCUUUUUUAAAAAAAAUGUUUAAAUGCAUAUUUUAAAUAAUAACUGGAAUGUAAAUCACUGGCCUACCUGCAUUCCCAAAUGUGAUUUUAAAAGUGUUUUUGGUUUGGAAAAAAAGGAACAAAAUUGAAAGCCUUUAGAUGGAGGGGUGGAGAGCAUUUUUAUGGCUUUAUGAAAUGGGUUUUCAUAGGAUUAUCUAUCUAGUUUGUGUGUGGACAGAAAAAUGUAAAUAGACGAACAUUUCCCAUAAUGUAAAAA